UGCGUGGCCGCGAACGGUUGCGUCUUUCCGAACGAGCUUCUAUCACGUUUAGUGUUCUGUGUAUAAAAUUGUGGUUUUAUAACUAACCCACUCAAAACUCCGCACGCACUUGUUGAAAAACCGUUUCGGGGGUCGGGUUCAAUACCUGAACCAAGUUGGCUCAACGAGUUUAUUCGGAACUUUUGGGACAUUUCGUAACGAUACUUUAACGGUCUUUCUUUCGCAUCCGAUGGAACUUUUUACGGAGCGCACAGAAAGGAUUAAAUAGCGAUAUAAUCUCUAGAGAGUUUCUAUCCGCAGUGAAUUUGUUGGAUAAGACGACACUCGUCGUUACUGAGCAAAGAGUUAUCGUGUGAAAGUCAAAUUCGUUCUUUUCUACUUCCGUGGGCGGUGCGAAGAGGUGCGACCGAAACAAACAAGUGAAAAUGCAAACAGGGAAUAAGUAAAGCUGGAAAAUUAACACACACACGGUUCGUGAAAACAGUGAAAAGUGCGCUGCUUGUCAGCUGGCUAAACCCUUUGCACGGUACGACGCGACUGAAACGAGGAGUACAUACGAAUGAGUUUUAUUGCUGUGUUAUUCGCACUCGGUGAACGUAUAAACAAAUAUCAUUUUUAAUAUUUCACGCCGACCCUUUGGCUGUUGGUGGUGCUGUUGCUGUUGAGCUUAGGUACUUUAAAGCGUUGGAUUGAGACUUGAGUAGUCCGUUGUUUUUUCAACGCCCGAGAUCAAAUCAUACAAUCCAAUAAAGCUGUACCGAUUAGGUGUGCCAUCAAAUAAUAAAAAGAUUAAAACGAAAUUGGCGCACAGCUGCUGCGGUGUUACACACGAGGAAGAAUUCCAUGAUUCAUGCCAGUACAAUUUCAUUUCAACGCUCGGAACAGUAACACAAAGCACCAUGGAAGUGGUCCUGUAGAUUUAGAAGUGAAAUCGCAACACAACUGGUCAGGCGCGAAAAAGCUCCCCGGAUCCCGAAUGCGUUAUUUGCGCUUGUUUAAUGUUUAAUUUUAUUUCGGUGUUGAAUUUACCGCUACUUAUCGGAAAAGGUGAAAACAGGCAGAUUUCGACGGGAAACUUUAGCAACCCUUUCCGGCUGCGCGUCACGCAUUCGGUGUGCUUGAUUAUUUUUUUGUUUUUGUAAUUACGCGCCGUGUUGUGGAAAUGUGUAAUCAAAAAAUAAAAUCCUUCCGAAUGUGUGCAGAUUACUGUGGUGCGAUGUUGCUGUUGCUGGUUGUGUCGAUGUUUGUAGCCGGAGCGUACGGAGGGUCCUGUAGGGAGGCAUCGCUUUGUUGUAACGGACGAGAUUCGUCCUGUGUGGUGCAAAAAGCUCCUCUGAACGCGAUUAUCGAGGAUUUGAAUGAUAAACCAUGUUACUGCGAUCACGCGUGUCUGCGGCUGGGUGAUUGCUGCGAGGAUUUCAAGGCACAUUGCGGUGUGAUCGAUUGCGUUGUGAGCGAAUGGGCUCCAUGGAGUGAGUGCGACACCGCCUGUGGUACUGGCAUGAUGUCACGGAACAGGAUAAUCGAACAAAAACCACAAAAUGGUGGCAAACACUGUCCGUCAUUGGUACAGAAGCGCGGAUGUCAAGGAACAAAGUGUCACAACCAUCACGAUCGGAAGGUCCUGAGAGAAACUGCCCUACUUUUGCCAGCCGAUUUAUCAAAAAGCAGACACGAGAACGAUACUAGCGACAUUCGUCGCAACUUGCGGCUGCGUUAUAAAAAUGCUUUCAAACACAACCGAGGCAACGAGUACUGUAUAGAGUUUGAGGUAAUUAAAGCAACCAAGGCAUGCCACAAGGAUAAAACCUACAAUGCGCUGGCCGAAGGGGACCACGUCAUCGUUCGCUGCGACCUGGAGGCACUACACGAGGAAAAGUCGUCGACAGUGGACUCGGAGAUCUCGAACAACUCAAUCCAGGACGAGGAUUACGAGCACCAGGAAAAGAAGCCCAAAUUCCGAUGUCGUGGCGAAGGGUUGACCGGGCGGAGCACACGUUUCACCAGUCUAGCGCUGUCUUCCUGCCGGGGCAAAUGGAUGCGCGUGGCGACAAAGCAGGUGAAAAAAUGCUCCCCUGCCGAGGCACAGUUCAUUUUCGUCUAGAGCAAUAACCAACCACCUUGGAGGAGAACACACACAGAUGAUAGAGACAGGAACCGGACAAAAUAAAAAAAAAGAGUAAAUCCCUUCGGCACAGGAAACGCGGUGCCACGUGAAAAUGACACAGUGGAAGCGUAUCAUUGACAAUAUUAAGCUUUUGGGGAGUGAAAAUAGUCGUGCAAAAGCGACAUAUGGAAUGGGACGGAGUCACUCUGUGUAAUGAAAACACUCGACGACGUGUGGCAAAUGUGAAGAAGUAUACAAGAAAUUUUUGAGCGGUAAAAAAAUGUCGUGAAAAUAGGACAUGAGAAGACGAUGGAAUUUCGUUAGUUUUUGCACAUAUGACAGCGACAUCUGAUGUGUCAUGUUUUUAACCCUUUAGCGAAGCAGUGAAGAAAAUGAAAUUGAAAUUCAACCGAGAGAUUUUCGUAAUUAAAGAUAGAUAAGUAGAAAAAUAAAAAUGGAAGAAAGUCACCACUGAAGUUGGGAGGAUUCUAUUGUUCUGAAUUCGUCGCUCAUUUGACUACGAACCAAAAGUAUAUGAAGAUUCUAUCGUAAUGCAUUUUUUGCAACAUUCAGCGAAAACUAAGAAUUUUCAACUUUGUCUCCUAAACGACAAACUGCAUCUUCCUCUGUAUUAUAAACAGAUUUUCUUUGAAUUACUUUUAGACAACAAAAGCAGAUAUCAAAUCGAACCUUCUCAUUCAGUCAAUGGAAGUGCCAUAUCAUGAGUGUUUUCAAACCCUUUUAUAAUAAAUGAAGUUAGCAGCUAUCGCAAGGAUGAAAUGCAAUGGGCCACAGGUUGACGUAUGUUCAAAACCGACCCUUUGAUCUGACUAAAAUAGGAAUCAAUCAGUAUGUAUCAUCAUUGAUUAUUUUUUCGGAUUAAUUUGUAAAAUAAUGUUAAAAAUAAACCUUGGAAACGAAA